UAUGCUUAAUUUUCAAGAGAAACCAGAUACAGCAUGGUCCAUUUUGGUUGAACAAAUUUGGAAUAGGUUUAUUUUGCAACAUUGUGCUUGUUGUUUGGGCUAUAUUUACGACGAUAUUUUAUAAUUUCCCAUCAGUGAUGCCCGUUGAUGCAGGAAAUAUGAAUUAUUCUUCAGCCGUGUUUGGUGUUGUGUUUGUGAUUUUCUUUUGUGAUUGGAUUAUACGUGGCCGGAAGGAAUUUAUUGACAUAGAAGAGAGGGAGAGAUAUAAGGAUGACUUGACGAAUGAAUUAUCGAAUCAAGUGUCAAGAAUAGAAGUGUUAAUGUCUCAUCCUCACAGCAAGGGUUGA